AUGAGAUUCAGCAUUGCAUGUCUGCUCUUGAAUCUCGCUGUGCUGUCCACAGCGCAGUGGGAUAACAACUCAACAGCCCCAAUCGAGCUUGCGCCCGCACCCUGGACUUUGAAGGGUACCGUCUAUUCUAUCACCUAUGUUCCCCUUUCAAACAAGCUACCGACUAAGGCAUUCGCACCGCUCGAACGGCAGUAUGCGUCAGCCGUAGAGGGCGAGUACAUUGGCAUACUUGGUCAGAUCCAGAUUAUUCGAUACACGGAUAGUCCUGUUGGUCCGUAUGACGAACUUCUAAUCGUUCCGGGUUUCUUCAAAUACAACCAUACAGACCCUAGUGGAAAGGUAGAGGAGAGGAAGAAUGUCAGAGUUAGUAGGAUCUACGUUAGCCAAAAGUAUACGUGUUGGAACGGGAGAACGAAUUGGAACAUUCCUAAGCAUCUUGCUAGGUUUGACUGGGUCGAAGGAGACGACGGUAAAACAUCAGUGAAAAUUUACCCACACGAUACCACUGGUGACCCAUUCGAAUCCAAGCCAGCAGAAAAACCCUGGUUCCAGGCCACAUUCAGGCCUAGCAUAAUACCUGGCAUACCAUUCAGCACUGAUCUAUACGGUCUUCUGGGUGUUGAUACAUUACUAGCCCAGCCACCCUUGCCUUCUGGCAACGGUACUUACGACGAGCUUCCGGGGACUAAACAAUGGGCAGCCACAAUGCCAAAUCAAGUGACUAAAAGCGCUACGUUGGGGAUGAUUGACUUGGACCAGGGGAAUGGUGACGUGGAGGAGGGCCAGGACACGAAUGCAGUGGGCGAUGAGUAUUUUCCGAAUUUCUGGCCAGGUGUUCCACGUCUGAACAUUGCGACCAAGUUGGCGAACGCUACUAUCACUUUUAGUGCUCCUGAGCUUUGGAAUAACUAA